AAUUGCUUUGAUUCCUACCAAGUUAAGAAACAAUGCUUGGCAAUGGAGUUGUUGGCAUCCUCUCUGAGUCUUCAAACAUUUGGGAAAGAAGAAGCCCCCUGACCCCGUCGCACUGUGCACGCCUUCUUCAUGGUGAAAGGGGUAAAACUGGAGUUGAACGCAUAAUUGUACAGCCAUCCACGAAGCGCAUCUAUCAUGAGGUGCUGUAUGAAGAUGUUGGCUGUGAGAUAUCAGAUGAUCUCUCUGAAUGUGGUCUCAUAGUGGGGGUUAAACAACCAAAGUUGGACAUGAUUCUUCCUGAUCGGGCCUAUGCUUUCUUUUCCCAUACCCACAAGGCACAGAAAGAGAACAUGGUUUUGUUAGAUAAGAUCCAAGCGGAAAGGGCGUCUUUAUAUGACUAUGAGCUUAUUAUUGGAAAUCAUGGGAAAAGAUUGCUUGCAUUUGGAAAAUAUGCUGGAAUAGCUGGUCUACUCGACUUCUUAUCCGGGUUAGGAAAACGGUAUCUUAAUCUUGGGUAUUCUACACCUUUCCUUUCAUUGGGAGCUUCUUACAUGUAUUCUUCUCUGGCUGCUGCCAAGGCUGCAGUGAUUACUGUGGGUGAAGAGAUUGCAACGCUAGGACUGCCAUCAGGCAUCUGUCCUCUAGUCUUUGUAUUCACUGGUUCUGGAAAUGUUUCUCAGGGUGCACAAGAGAUAUUUAAGCUUCUUCCUCACACUUUUGUGGAUCCAGGCAGACUCCCAGAAUUAUAUGAGAUGGCCAAGGAUCAUACUCAACGUAUCCAUACAUCAAGGAGAGUUUUCCAAGUAUAUGGCUGUGUUGUCAACUGUCAAGACAUGGUUGAGCCCAAAGAUCCUACAAAACCAUUUGAUAAAGUUGACUACUAUUCACAUCCAGAACAUUACAACCCUAUUUUCCAUGAAAGAAUAGCUCCAUAUGCAUCUGUAAUUGUUAAUUGCAUGUACUGGGAGAAAAGAUUCCCUCGGUUGUUGAGUACGAAGCAGCUUCAAGAACUAAUGAGAAAACAAUGCCGGCUUAUUGGAGUUUCUGAUAUUAGUUGUGACAUUGGAGGCUCAAUAGAGUUUGUUAGUCAAACCACAUCAAUAGAGAAACCCUUCUUCAGGUAUAAUCCCUGUACUGAUUCGUACCAUCAUGACAUGGAGGGUGAGGGUUUGAUUUGCUUAGCUGUUGACAAUCUCCCAACAGAAUUCGCAAAGGAGGCUUCACAGCAUUUUGGAGAUAUCUUAUCCCAAUUUAUUGGUAGCUUGGCUUCUGUACAAAAUAUUUCAGACUUACCUCCCCACUUAAGAAGAGCUUGCAUAGCCCAUGGUGGAACACUUACCCCCUUGUAUGAAUACAUCCCACGUAUGCGAAACUCCAGGUCAGAUGAUUCAUCCACAGAUAUUGCUAGCGAUCAGUUUAAUAAGAAUAAGUACACUAUAUUGGUAUCUCUAAGUGGCCAUUUAUUUGAUCAAUUUCUAAUAAAUGAGGCUUUAGAUAUUAUUGAAGCUGCCGGCGGGUCUUUUCAUUUGGUUAGGUGUGAAGUGGGCCAGAAUGCAAAUGCCAUGUCAUAUUCAGAACUUGAAGUUGGGGCAGAUGAUAGUUCCAUUCUAGAUCAAAUCAUUGACUUGUUGUCUGCUAUUGCUUAUCCAAAGGAAGCUUCUGGAGUCCUCAACAAAGAAACAAAUAGAUUUUCUCUGAGGCUUGGUAAGGUCCCUGACAAUGGGGCUGAGAAAGUAGAUGCCUUGAAGAAGAGAAACCCCAUUCUUAUUCUGGGUGCAGGCCGGGUCUGCCAACCAGCUGCUGAGCUGUUAGCAUCAACUGGAAGCAUUUCAUCUUGCCAAUGGUUUAAAACAUGUUUAGGGGAUGACAUAGAACAACCCAAGGAUGUUCAAGUUAUUGUUGCUUCUCUCUACCUAAAGGAUGCAGAAGAGACCAUUGAAGGUAUUCCAAAUGCAACAGCAAUUCAGCUAGAUGUAAUGGAUCAUGGAAGCCUCUGUAAGUGUGUCUCUCAGGUGGAAGUUGUUGUAAGUUUGUUGCCUCCAAGUUUCCAUGCUAUAAUAGCAAAUGCAUGUAUUGAGUUCAAAAAGCAUCUUGUCACAGCCAGCUACAUUGACGAUUCCAUAUCAAGGUUGGAUGAGAGAGCCAAGAGUGCUGGUAUUACAAUCCUUGGUGAAAUGGGCUUGGAUCCUGGCAUAGAUCAUAUGAUGGCAAUGAAGAUGAUCGACCAUGCACAUGUAAGAAAUGGGAAAAUAAAGUCUUUUGUUUCUUAUUGUGGGGGACUUCCAUCUCCAGCAGCUGCAAAUAACCCACUAGCAUAUAAAUUCAGUUGGAACCCUGCAGGAGCUAUCCGGGCCGGGCGCAAUCCAUCUACUUACAAAUCUGAUGGAAAAAUUGUACAUGUUGAUGGUAACAAACUUUAUGAUUCUGCCACAAGACUCCGGAUAGCUGAUCUUCCAGCUUUUGCACUGGAGUGUCUCCCAAAUCGUAACUCUUUGAUUUAUGGGGAUCUGUAUGGAAUUACGCAUGAAGCUUCAACUAUCUUCCGUGGAACCCUCCGCUAUGAAGGUUUUGGUGAGACUAUGGGGACUCUUGCAAAAAUUGGUUUCUUUGAUACUGAAGCUCAUCCAGUGCUGAAACAAGAGAAGAGACCUACAUUUGACAGCUUCUUAGAUGUACUUCUCAGUAUUGAGAGGAAAAAUGAGAAUUUCGAAGGAACUACAGGUGACGAGAAGGAAAUGGUAGAAAGCCUGAUCACUCUUGGCCUCUGUAAAGAAAAAUCUAGUGCGGUGAACACUGUAAAAACUAUCAAAUUUUUGGGACUUCACGAGUGCACAGAAAUUCCUCUAUCCUGCCAAAGUGCAUUUGAUGUAAUCUGUCUACGCAUGGAAGAGAGAUUGACCUACUCUAACACAGAGCAGGACAUGGUGCUUUUGCAUCAUGAAGUGGAGGUUGGUUUCCCAGAUGGACAACCUACGGAGAACCAGCGGUCCACUUUAUUGGAAUUCGGAAGGAUGAAGAAUGGGAAAACAAGCACUGCGAUGGCUCUCACUGUCGGAAUUCCAGCAGCCAUAGGAGCUCUGCUUUUACUUGAAAACGGAAUCAAGACAAGAGGUGUAAUAAGGCCUCUUGACCCUGAAGUCUACGUGCCAACUCUGGAUCUUUUAGAAGCUUAUGGUUUCAAGUUGCUGGAGAAGAUAGAGUAGCCUUUAGGUCAGUCACCAUCUCUGCCUGCUUGUAUUGUUUCUGCAGGCACUCAAAUUUAAAUACAUGAGUCCAAUCUAAGAUAAACUGAAUCUGUUUCCUACUCUUUUAUAGGAUAUUGAAUAAUGUAAAGGAUACUCCAAGGUCAAUUUAUGAAGAACCAGUGGAGUGGCAGAUUUGAGCUAAAGACCAGAGAAGGCUACAAUUCAGGUCGCUAAUAAACUCGGACGUCCUCGUUGUGCAUGCAUAGUGUGUCAAUGUAGAACAAGGAGAAGGGUCGACUUUCAAGUUUCAACCUAUGGGAAAGGGCUUAGUGCAAACUGUGACUGUUAUAUGAUAUGGUCCAAUUGUUGUCCUUCAGAUACUUAUAUUUUAAACCAUGAACGAUAUACAUAGUUCAACAGUAGUUCAGAUUCCAGCGUGUAACCUAUGUAUGCUAUAUUAUAUGUUUUGACUUCUGUCCUUCAGACAUCUUCAUAAUAUGUGAGUGUAGAUCUGAAUGGCUGACCUGAUUCUAGAGA